ACAAGAAGCGCCGAUAACACCAUACAUUCAAAGAUCGUGAUGAACCCACUACUUUUAACUCGCCGUACAAGCAAGGUUGGAUGGAGGCUAUGCUCCUGCUAAGCCGCGAGUACCUAAUUUCUCUAUAACAAAUCAAAAUGUGCUACGACCUCGUGGAGCGAUAUAUCGGCUGCAAUUGCAUACACUACGAACAUGGCCUAAACAAAUGUGCAGCCUAUGGCACGCCAGGACAUCACAUAACAACACGUACCAUCCUGGUUUCAGAACGAUGCGAUUUACAUUAUGUACCACCAGAUAGUCCUGAGGCUAGAUCGGAUUUCUCGGCCCAUGAAGCGUCAAGUCGGUCAUCUUCCACUCAUGCGGAGUUGGAUAUAUUUAAGCACCGGGCUGGUGCCACUUUUAGUAUCGCUAGGAACCUUCCCACGUUGACUAUAAACAGGAGUCAAUCGCCAUAUCGGCAAGGUAUGAAUCAGGGAAGCUCCGGUACUAAAUCGCAGACUGAAGAUGGCGAACCCGGUGAUAUCUCCACGAAUAACGAAGAUUCCAACCAUGAGCUUCCUCCCACGGAAGGAUUCCCUAUGGAAGAUAGCGAUAAGUUUACGUCAACUCCCCUUAAACCUUUCAGACCUCGGACGCUUCUUAAGCCUCUAACGGAAAAGUUCACAAACGAUGAAUGUCUCCGGAAUUUAUGGCUUCAGAUAGCACGCAGGUCACCCUCUGCCAAGAAAGUGAAGGAGGAAGUAUCACUGUUAAUCUUGCGAUACAGCGCAGACCUAGGGCGUUUAGCCGGAAAAGAAGCGGUUUUGCAUGACCGCAUGAAUUUAAUGAAAGUUAGUCAAUUCGUGGAGCGUAAGCGACGCUACUUGUCACGAAAAAUAUAUGGACGAUUCUGGGUAUCUCCGUUAGUAAUCGACCAGCCUGUAAACGAAAGUAACGAUGUAUCGGAUGACGACUUCGGGGUUAAGUACGACCCAGACAACAGCCUAGAAUAUCUUGCCGGUCUACCUACCAUUCUGAAAACAUUCUUGUUUGAAGCAGAGCCAUUUAGUAUAUUCAAGGAAAAUGUCCGAAUCUUCGUGGAGCAGUCGCGUCUUGGUCCUCCGCAAACUACCUGGAUUGAUUCUCUCCGGAUAGGUUUUGACAACGCUGUGGUACUUGUAAACGGCAAAAGCGCUCAGCGGGGCAUGAGGCGACUUCAUUGCGUCUGCAACUGCGGUCUUCGGCUAUAUGACGACUAUACUGAAACUCAAUCGGGGGCUCUUAACGACCUUGAAAAGAUUCUAUCCAACUAUGGUAUACGAUCUAGGGGUCCAGGCGACAUCGAGUCAAACAACCCGGGACUGAAUAAAAAGUCGAACCAGACAAGUUUAAGAGAUAUAUGGAGUUCUUUUGCACCCAAGAUGAGCCCGCCACGUUUCUGGUUGAGAAAAGACUACUGGGAACCUGGAAAGUGCCGUCAGGUACACGAUACGAGCUCCGAACAGGAACAUAACUAUCUCCUUGCCUGUCUUCCGUUCGGGCGAUGGGUUUCGAAACUGCAUCAGCAGGAGAUAUGUGCUAUACAUUCAGAUCAGGAAUUCUUUGCAAUGUUGCGGACGUUAUAUCGUAACAAACGCCACAAGAUUUCAUUGUCUUGGAUGAAAAGAGUCAGGGGGAUCGAGUUCGUGCAGUUUGAUGUUCAUAGGUCAGAAAUUGCGGCGGUGCGUUCUAAACCGGCGUUGCCACCGGAGGACUUGAGGGACCAAUAUCUGUAUGACCCGAUGCCGGCCCAUUUGAUUCCGCCAAUUGGACCAAACAUGCUGGCGCACUUUUUCGAGAAUCCCACGCAUGCUAGUGUACUGCCGGAUUUAUACAGGAGAAUACCGAAGAAGCUUCGACAAAAGCUAACGCCGUGCCAAGUGACAGGCCUGUCGGUGGGAUGGGGAAUCGAAUUCGUUGAAUGUGUGGAUUAUUUCAUGCUUUUCAUGUUCGGGUGCUUGUGCUUCCUCGCCUGCUCAAUAGUCGCCGUGUUAUGGUCGACUAUUAAACAAGACGUCCAGGGCGGUGUUGGAAUAGGGGCGUUUAUCUUUGCUUUCACGCUGUUCUGCGGCGGUCUCGUUCACUCCGCACUCGACUCUUACACGCUGAAGUAGCACCCGGCCUGACGACUCAUUUUAGUUGACAUCCUUUGGGUACAAGCAUAUUUUCGUAUAUUAUCCCACCCGAACUUGAGCAACUAGGUAACAUAGAUAGAGGUGUUGGAUACCAUUAUUAAUGAGGAGAUUUGAAUAAAAGUCAACCUCAGCUCAAACACGAAAGAUAGAAGCGAAACCUUGUGGUUGUUAACAAAAGUUACGUCCUGCCCCGCAAUUAGUUGUCGUCGCACCUGUCAAUCUUGCACAAAGUAAACAUCACAAGAGGUACCUUACCUAUCCAAAGAGGCAACAACUACCGCCAUUUCGU